CAAAUCACCAAACCGUCGCGGCGCACCACCAUACACAGCCCGAGGCCGCGCAGCUCUCGACCCCGACGCGGCUCGGCAGUCGGCAUCGCCAACCCUCAUCUCCCCCCCUCCUCUCCACCGACCUCGAUCUCGCCCCUCCCCCCACGCGCGCGAUCUCGCCCAGAUCUCGCUGAGCCGCCGCCGCCGCCGCAGCAGCAGCGGCCAUGGAGAACCUGAUCUCGCUCGUCAACAAGCUGCAGCGGGCCUGCACCGCCCUCGGCGACCACGGCGAGGAGAGCGCCCUCCCCACCCUCUGGGACUCGCUGCCGGCCAUCGCCGUCGUCGGAGGCCAGAGUUCGGGUAAAUCCUCGGUGCUGGAGAGCGUUGUUGGGAAGGAUUUCCUACCAAGAGGCUCAGGCAUUGUCACCCGUCGUCCCUUGGUGCUGCAGCUUCAUAGGAUCGACGGAGACAGAGAAUAUGCAGAGUUCAUGCACCUUCCCAGGAAGAGAUUCACUGAUUUCGCUCUUGUGAGGAAGGAGAUAGCUGAUGAAACUGACAGAGAAACUGGUCGUUCAAAGCAAAUAUCAUCGGUCCCUAUUCAUUUAAGCAUAUAUUCUCCAAAUGUUGUGAACCUGACUCUUAUCGAUCUUCCUGGGCUUACUAAAGUUGCUGUUGAGGGUCAGCCUGACAGUAUUGUUCAGGACAUUGAAAACAUGGUUCGCUCGUUCAUAGAAAAGCCCAAUUGUAUCAUUCUGGCUGUUUCUCCAGCCAAUCAGGAUCUUGCAACUUCUGAUGCAAUUAAGAUUUCACGGGAAGUUGACCCCAAAGGUGAAAGGACGUUUGGUGUGCUUACAAAAAUUGAUCUAAUGGACAAGGGCACCGAUGCUGUUGAUAUAUUGGAAGGCAGAUCAUACCGGCUCCAACAACAAUGGAUUGGUGUCGUCAAUCGAUCUCAGCAGGAUAUCAACAAGAAUGUGGACAUGAUUGCUGCUAGGCGCAGAGAGCGUGAAUAUUUUUCAACUACGCCAGAAUACAAGCACCUUGCUCAUAGGAUGGGAUCAGAACAUUUAGCAAAGAGUCUCUCGAAGCAUUUGGAGACUGUUAUUAAGUCAAGAAUCCCAGGGCUCCAAUCUCUCAUUACAAAGACAAUUGCCGAACUGGAGACAGAACUUAAUCGACUUGGGAAGCCCAUUGCUACAGAUGCUGGAGGAAAGCUGUACACGAUCAUGGAAAUAUGCCGCAUGUUUGAUGGUAUCUACAAAGAACAUCUGGAUGGAGUGCGUCCUGGUGGUGAGAAAAUCUAUCAUGUCUUUGACAAUCAGUUUCCUGUAGCCAUUAAACGGUUGCAGUUUGACAAACAACUGGCAAUGGAAAAUGUGAAAAAGCUCAUAACGGAGGCUGAUGGAUACCAACCUCAUUUAAUAGCUCCAGAGCAAGGAUAUCGACGGCUCAUAGAGUCUUGUCUUGUUAGUAUCAGAGGUCCUGCUGAGGCAGCUGUGGAUGCGGUCCAUGCGAUACUCAAGGAAUUAGUGCACAAGGCCAUCAAUGAAACACAUGAGCUGAAGCAGUUCCCCACUCUUCGUGUGGAAGUAGGCAAUGCGGCUUUUGAGUCAUUGGACAGAAUGAGGGAUGAAAGCAAGAAAAACACAUUAAAGCUUGUUGAUAUGGAAUGCAGCUACUUAACCGUAGAUUUCUUCAGGAAACUUCCCCAGGAUGUUGAGAAGGGUGGAAAUCCAAGCCACUCUAUUUUUGAUAGAUAUAAUGAUUCUUAUCUUAGACGAAUUGGAACAACGGUUCUGGCAUAUAUUAACAUGGUAUGUUCAACCUUGAGGAACUCUAUUCCGAAAUCUAUUGUCUACUGUCAAGUGCGGGAGGCAAAGCGCUCACUGCUCGAUCACUUCUUUACUGAAUUGGGAGCAAGAGAGAUUAAACAACUUUCUAAGCUUCUUGAUGAAGACCCCGCCGUCAUGGAACGGAGGACUAAUCUUGCGAAGAGGCUGGAGCUAUAUCGGAGUGCUCAAGCAGAAAUUGAUGCGGUUGCAUGGUCCAAAUAGUCCUGAUCAUCUACUUAUCAUACUCAUGUUUCUCCUUUACUCCCAGUUGGUGAUCCUCCCCUAUCUUGGGGCAUAUAUAGCUGAUUUUACCCCGUUCUAGGUCAUUCAUAGAUCAACGCAGCUGUGAGGUGUCAUUUGGUUUGUGCUUUUGUUCCUUGUGCUUGAGGAUCUAGGAGACACCAGGCUGCUGUACUUUUUGUAUUACGACCAAGUUCAUAUAUCGUGUUUAAUUUUUGUCACAGCCCAUUCUUUCGUUCCGUUUACAUAUAUCGUCUUCAAUUUGUUACUA